AACUUCUGACCAUGGGGGACUGGAACUUGUUGGGCAGCAUCCUUGAAGAAGUGCACAUCCACUCCACCAUAGUUGGCAAAAUCUGGCUCACAAUCCUGUUCAUAUUCCGGAUGCUGGUGCUGGGAGUGGCUGCUGAAGAUGUCUGGGACGACGAGCAGUCCGAGUUCAUCUGCAACACAGAGCAACCUGGCUGCAACAACAUCUGUUAUGACAAAGCCUUUCCCAUCUCUUUGAUCAGAUACUGGGUUCUACAGAUCAUAUUUGUCUCCUCCCCAUCAUUAGUGUACAUGGGCCAUGCACUCUAUAGGUUAAGGGCGCUUGAGAAAGAGCGACAGAACAGGAAAGCCCACCUGCGGGCUCAGCUGGAAGACCUGGAGCCCAUGCUCGAGGAACACAGGAGAGUAGAGAGAGAACUGCGUAAGCUGGAGGAACAGAAGAAAGUGAAUAAGGCACCCCUGAGAGGGUCCCUGCUGCGCACCUAUAUCCUACAUAUCCUGACCCGGUCGGUGGUCGAAGUGGGCUUUAUGAUAGGUCAGUAUCUUUUAUAUGGGUUUCACAUGUCCCCUCUUUACAAAUGCACUCGGCCCCCAUGCCCUAACACGGUGGAUUGUUUUGUGUCCCGACCCACAGAGAAGACCAUCUUUAUGGUUUUCAUGAACAGCAUCGCCGCUGUCUCCCUCUUCCUCAACAUCCUAGAAAUCGCCCACCUGGGCUUCAAGAAGAUCCAGAAGAGCCUCUGCGGGCAGCCGCAGUGGUCGGCAGGCCUCGCCGAGGAGGAUCCCAGCCUGUACAACUCCAAGAAGAGCUCCGUGGUGCCGUCGCCGCCCCGCCUGGCCAGCAACGCGGCCCCGCCGCGCCCCGCGCCCGCCCCGCUCCCGCCACCGCCGCCCGCGCCCGGCGCCCCCGGCCCGCCGCCGGCCCGGCAGCACCGCGGGCAGCUCCGGGGAACGCCGCCGCCCCGCCGCCGGCACCACGGACAGCACCAGCCCUCCUCCAGCAGCGAGGAGGCGCCGCGGGCCGCCGCGCCGGGCGGCGGGGCAGGGGCGGCGGGGGCGCCGGCCGCCGCCCGCCGGGCGCCCCGCAGGCACAGCCGGGUGAGCGCCUGCCGCGAUCUGGAUGAGGAGCGCGGCGACUCCCCGGACAGCGGGCACUGCCCAGGCACGCGCAAGUCCAGCUUCCUCUCCCGCGUCCUCACCGGGAGCCGGGCGGGCAGCGACAGCGAGGGCACCGCGUCCCGCGGCGGCUCCGGCCCCGGCUCCGGGUCCGUGUCCGGCUCUGAGGGGAAGCGCCGCGAGGAGGGCGCGCCCAGCCCGCCGCCCGCCGCCAAUAUGGGACGCCGCGUGUCCAUGGCAAGUAGCGCCCGGGGCAGCCCGAGGGAGGUGGGCGAAGGGGGGCCCCCGCACCCUGUCCCGGCACGGGGGAGGAGAGGCCGAGCCAGGGGGCAGGAAGGCUCGGGCAGGACUUCCAACACAGCCCCAGCGCCUCGCGGUCUCCCGGACCAUGCCAAGCUGCCAAACUUUGAGUCUCCUUUUGCAGUGAAAACAGAAACACUAGGGAAUUCCUGAGUCCUGAGGAGCUCUAAGUCACCGAAUCUCAGCUUCUUUAUACUCAUUCUAUCAUCCCAAUCAACUCGACGGGGACCGUGCCAGGGAAAACUUCUUCAGCUCCACCCAGGUGGACACUAAGAAAGAGAAGUCUUGAAUUCACUGAGUUCAAUGACCCAACUUCUCUCAGCUUCAGGGGCUUUGUCCUAGAGGUGACCACUGAGUUCAGUAAUUCAAUUAAUAAAUCAGAAGAUAUACAUAUAAAAAAACCCACCAAAUAAUUGCAAUGCAGAACCAAUGACUACAGAAUUGCUUUUUCAGCAGCUGUUUCUCUUCUCUAGGCUUGCUUACAUUCAGGGUUGAUAACAUAUAGUGCUUGCACUCAAGAAUCAACAAGGCUUUCUUAAAAUUCUGAUUUUAUUUGAAUUCUGAUUGCCUCAGAUCACCGGUUUUGUCCUCUGAGAGCCUAGAGGCUCCUUUACAAAUGCUUGCAAUAGCAAGCCCAUAAAUAACUUUUUAUAGGGCAUCUAAUAAACAAGCUUACUUUACACAAUGCUCAAAGUCAUAGAUUCUAUCGGGUUUUUUUCUCACUCUUCCUAAAAAACCCCAAACCCACGCUUUUGGCUAAAUACAAAACAAACAAAACAGAACAACUAACUAUCUUCAAAUCUUCUGUGGAAAGAAACAGAAGGCACUGUUACACAUUGCUCAUCCAAAAACUGUUUGCGGGUUCCAGUUUUUGUGGAGUUACAGUUUCUACAAUAAGCCAGUCAGCAUAGGCCAUAAUAAAUUGUCACUUAGGUGCAAUUUAACCACUUUCCACUUCAAUAUUUCUAAUACUGAGCAAGGGCCUAGAGUCUAAUCUAUCGAUCUGCUGGUUUUUGAUACUCAGAGAGAAGGCAUUUUAAAAAGGUGAAGUGCAGAAAUUUAUUCAAGCAGGACAGAAUUUCGGUAGCACCCUGCUGAGAACUCACAGAAGUUGUUUGGCAGCUUUUCUUUUGUAAUGGCAAUGACUUUAUCUUCCAGGGGGGAUCUUCAGAGAAAUACAGUCAGUUUGUAAAACAGUGUCAUUACUCUUGAAAGUAACAGUCCUCUGGUAUGCUGCCUUUGGGGAUCAUUAUAUACCAGACUGGUCCUGGCAUUUUAAAAUGUGACUCAUGUAGGUAUGCUACCUGGUGUUUCCUGCUUACAGCACACGAUAUUUAAGAGUAAAUGUCCUUCUAAACAAAAUUGAGUCAAGAUUUUGGCAAAUGCACUUUACUCUGGCAUUGCUACAGUGUUUUAUGAAUACCGAUUUCAAUACAGAAAUAUGCUGAUGCAUAAUAAAUAUGCUGAACCUGGGCAUUAAAACUUGGAUAUUCCUAUAAUAGUCUGUAUUCCCAAGUUCCUGUAUAACUAUUUAAUUUUGGUUGUCAAAGGCAGUCAGCAUUGGUUAGAUUUGUUUUGACUCCCAGAAGACAAUCAUCGUGUGUAAAUGACAGAAUCA